UAAGUGGAGCUCCACCGCCAUUGGUCCGGGACCCCGCAGUAACCAGGGGAACUGCAAACAGUGUAGAGGCCGCUUCCGGUUCGGACACCCGGAACCGCCGCCUCUAGGGAUGGACGGUCAGACUCUGCGAAAGGCUGAGAGAAGCCGGUCCUGCUCACGAGAGAAAAAGGAGGGUUGCGCUAAGGACAUGGUGACAGACUUUGAUGAGAAACAUGAUGAGUAUUUAAUAUUGCUUCAGCAGAGGAACCGGAUAUUAAAGCAUUUGAAAACCAAGGACCCCAUGCAAUUGAGGCUGGAGCACUUGGAGCAAGGCUUCUCUGUCUAUGUCAAUGGCGCCAACUCAGAGCUGAAAUCGUCACCGCGGAAAGCCAUUCACUCUGACUUCUCCAGAAGUGCCUCCCACACGGAAGGGACACACGAUUAUGGACGAAGAACUCUGUUUGGAGAAGCUGAAAAAGCCUUAAGACGCAAUUCACGGACAGCCCCCAGCAAAGUCCAGCGCCGAGGAUGGCACCAGAAAUCUGUGCAGAUCAGAACAGAAGCUGGCCCGCGGCUCCACAUCGAACCUCCUGUGGACUAUUCUGAAGACUUUGAGCUGUGUGGGGAUGUGACUGUCCAGGCACAUGACACUUCUGAGGAUCGUCCGCAGGUAGGGAUGGGCUUGGCCUUGAGCUCGGGGCACCUGAAGGACGGUGAGGCUCAGUGCUGCAGUGGCCCCUAG